UGGGCGACCCCGGCAAACCCCGUCAAGUCGUUUGUGGCGUUCUCAUCGUUUUGGCAUUCCGCCCGUCGGCCGUGUCUGCUCGCUCUAUCCACCACCACCGUCGACUCCCCGGGUCACUACUUCUACUCAAGAUGGCGGAUGCUGGCUUCUUCAAGGGCACGUCUGCGGACCAAGACAGGCGCUUUUCGGACAAGGAACUCAAGCUCCUGAAGUCCAUGAAGUUCCCCCCAGAAUUUGACCAGAAGGUCGAUAUGCGCAAAGUGAACCUGCAGGUUAUCCGUCCCUGGGUGUUCAAGAAAAUCACAGAAUUGAACGGGAUCGAAGACGAGCUCGUGGGCGAAUACUGCAUGGGACUUUUGGAGGAUGAGUCGCAGCCGACUCCCGACCCCAAGCGCAUGACAAUCAACCUGCAGGGCUUCCUGAACAAGAACACCAAAGAGUUUAUGGUCGCACUUUGGAAGUUGCUCCUCGAGGCUCAAGCAGAGGUUUCAGGCGUUCCGCGCACGUUCGUGGAAGAGAAAAAGGAGGAGCUGCGCAAGGCGCGCGAGAACGAUACGCGGGCGCUGGACGAGCGCGAUCGGCGCGUGAGGUUGGAUGAGAUACGCGAGAGGGAGCGGGGUGAGCGGGGCGAUCGCGGAAGGGGUCGCGGGCGUGGACGUGGACGGGGUGGCUAUGGGGGGAGGGGUGGUCGCGGCGACUUUGAAGAUGAUCGGCGGCCGAGAGACAGUGGUUGGGGUAGACGCGGUGGGGGACCCCCGCGGCGCAUGUCCCGCAGCCCUCGUCGGAUGUCGCGCAGUCCUCGUCGCAGGCCGCGCUCCCCCACGCGUUCAAGGACCCCUCCCUCUUCUCGUGGUGGUUCGCCUGUCCCUAGGGCUCGAUACCGCUCAUCAUCUCCCGGCCGCUCCCCUCCUCCCCGCCGACCUCGCUCGCCUUCCGAGCGCUCUGACAGUCGCACUCCUCCGCGUCGUCGGCGCUCCGUGUCCGGCUCACCGCCUCGUCGCCGCAGUCCCCCGCCGCGCAAGCGCCUCAGCCGCAGCCCGCCUCCCCGCAGGCGGGACAGCCGGAGUCCGCCACCGCGCCGCCGUGACAGUCCCCCUCGGCGCAGGCGUCCGUCUCCUCCACCGCGGUCGCGGUCGCGGUCCUUGUCGCGUGAGCGAUCGCCACCCCCGCGCUCGCGCAGGCGCUUCAGCCCGAGCCCGCCGCGCCGUCGGCGGACGCCCAGCGACUCGCCGCCCCGCAAGCGGCGCCGCGAUAGCCCCAGCCCGCGAAGGCGUUCGACGACGCCUCCGGCUAGGAAGCGCGCGAGGAGCGGCAGUCGCAGCGACGACGAGGGCUCUCCCAAGGAGCUCAAGAUCAAGGGCCAGGGCAAGCGCAAUCGCUGGGACGAAGGCGGGGUGUCUUCCAAAGACAAUGGAGGCGACGUUGAGAUGACCGAGGCCAUUGACCUCGAGCGUCGCGAGACCGAGCUCAAGGAGAAGGCGCUGAGGAACAAAGUCGUGCGCUCUCGGAAAGCGAGCAUCCCUGGCGAAGGGGCUUGAGGUGACCUUCCUUCUGGAUCUGAGCAUGUCCUGAUGCUUUGCUCUUCGAGGAUCGUAUCCGGUCAUCCCUCUCAUCCACGCUGGACCCGAUGUGUCGCGUCUUUUGUGACAGGCUAUAGAACUUACGCGCGGCAAGCUAUCAUUCUUCCUUCCCUCGUCCCUGCGCUUAUAAUUUUCCCCUACGUAUGCUCAGCGCGAUCUUGUUGGUAUAUCUCGUGUCGAUUAGUAAGUAAGUAUAGAAAUCCUUUGAUCACCUCUACAAGAGCCUUUCAAUCUCUGUCCUUAUCGAUCUCCGUGCAAUAAACGCGACGAC